UCACUGAAUUCAGACUAUCUGAGAAGAUCAUCUUCAUUUCCCUCAGCACUCUCUAGUCUCCAUAUAGGAAAAGAAUGAUGGACAACUAUACUGUCCUUUUCUGUAGUAUUAUUAUGCUCUCCCUCUCUCUGUUUAUAUGCUUACUCUCCCUACUAAGAAAAAAUGCAGACUCAAAGAAGAAAGCUAAGCUCCCUCCAGGUUCAAUGGGGUGGCCUUACAUUGGACAAACCCUGCAACUUUACUCUCAAGACCCAAACUUUUUCUUCUCUGAUAGAGAAAAAAGGCAUGGGAAGAUCUUCAAGACUCAUAUACUGGGGUACCCUUGUGUCAUGCUGGCUAGCCCGGAGGCUGCCCGGUUCGUGCUAGUGACCGCAGCGAACUUGUUCAAGCCAACAUAUCCAAAGAGCAAGGAGAAUUUGAUAGGGCCUUGGGCAUUGUUUUUCCACCAGGGGAACUACCACACUCGUAUCAGGAAGGUGGUUCAAAGUGCCCUUAAACCAGAGUCCAUUCGCAGCUUUGUAGCUGAUAUUGAGGCAACAACAAUGUCUGCAUUGGACUCGUGGGCGGGCGGGCAUGUUGUCAACACGUUCAAGGAGAUGAAGAAGUUUUCUUUCGAGAUAGGCGUUCUUGUUAUAUUUGGACAUCUUGAGGAUCACCACAAAGAAGAACUCAAGAAAAACUACAGCAUAGUUAAUGAAGGGUACAACUCUUUCCCAACAAAUUUACCAACAAGUCUUUAUGGCAAAGCACUCAAGGCAAGGAAGAGACUUAGCAAAAUAUUAAGUGAAAUCAUUAAUGAGAGGAAGGAGGAGGUAGAGGAGAAGGGGCUUUUGAGUUGUUUCAUGAAUUAUAAAGAUGAUAAGGGGGGAAUCAUUCUCAAUGAUGAUCAAAUCGCUGACAACAUCAUAGGAGUUCUCUUUGCUGCACAGGACACAACAGCUAGUGUCUUGACAUGGAUACUCAAGUACUUACAUGAUAACCCCAAACUUCUCGAGUUCAUUAAGGCUGAACAUAAAGCAAUCCAAAUGUCUAAAACUGAAGUGAAUUGCCAACUCACAUGGACGGACACAAGAAACAUGCCCUUGACUAACAAGGUUAUCUCGGAGACCUUAAGGAUGUCAAGCAUUAUAUCUUUCACAUUCAGAGAAGCAAUUGAUGAUGUAGAGUACAACGGGUACCUAAUUCCAAAAGGGUGGAAAGUGUUGCCCUUGUUCAGGAACAUUCAUCAUAACCUGGAGUACUUUACUGAUCCACAAAGCUUUGACCCUUCAAGAUUUGAGAAUUGCAGGAAACCCAAUACAUUUAUGCCAUUUGGCAGCGGGAUACACGCCUGCCCGGGAAACGAGCUUGCCAAGCUGGAGAUGUUAGUGAUGACACAUCACCUAGUAACCAACUUCAGGUGGGAAGUGGUGGGAUCUCAAGAGGGGAUUCAGUAUGCCCCAUUCCCGGUUCCUCUCAAUGGCCUCCCAACAAGAUUUUGGCAUGAAUCUGUUAUCUAAGCCCCAUCAUAUCAUCAUCAUCAUCAUCAUCAUGGGUUCAUCAUCUGUUUUCUUCUGAUCACAUCACAAUUAAGGAUAUAAAUGUACAUUUUAUUGCAGUGAUGUUUGCUCAAGUGUUUUUUAUUUUUUUGUUUGUUAUUUAUGUGAUGAAUAUCAAUUCUCCUGUCCCAACAUUGCCUGCCUUUACAGCUAGCAACUUUCAUCAUCUGCACUUGAAGAAGUGGAAAAUGUACAAAUUGAUUGAAAGAAAAUAAAAUGUGCACUCCUUUGUCUUGCCUUUUUCUGACCUAAAGAUGAGCUGGACUUUCAUUUUCCUGUGCCUUGGAUUGGAACUGGUUCAUAGUUGUGAUCUUUAAGUAAAUUUUCACAUUUAGUCCCUUCAAUUUUAGUUUUUCUUUUCUUUGCCA